CUCCAUUCAUUCCUUCCACGUAGACACAGACGACGACGACGACGAACGUUGCCGCAGACUUACUUGGCACCUUCGACGUUGGUACUCAUCACGCCAUGCUUCUACUAUCGCCCUCAUUGGGCGGCAGCAGCAGCAGCAGGCGCUCACGGCCACUACGGCGUACUCGGCUGCACUCCUCCCUCCUCUUCCUCCUCUUAGCCCUCUUCCUCGCCCUGACCACCCUGGUCAUCGCCGCCUCCUCUCCCUCCUACUACAAGCUCCUCGAUAUAGAUCCCUCUGCCGAUGCCAAGACCAUCAAGAAGGCCUACCGUCGUCUAGCGCAGCGUCUUCACCCUGACAAGCAUCCUGAAAAGGAAGAAGAAUUUGUAAAGAUGUCAGAGGCGUACCAGGUGUUGAGUGACGAGGAGCUGAGAAAAGUGUAUGACAAAUUUGGAGAGGAUGGAGUCAAAAGACAUCAGGCUGGAAAGGCAGGAGGAGCCUCCAACGACCCCUUUGACGUCUUCCGCAACUUCUUUGGCGGUGGCCGGCAAGAUCAACAAGUACGCAAGGGACAAUCAAAGCAAUUCAACCUCCUUUUGGAUCUACAACAGAUCUACCUGGGACACACUUUCAACCUCGAGUAUGAACGUAAAGUGGUGUGCAAUACUUGCGAUGGAUCAGGGGCGAGGAGUAAAGAGGAUAUGGGGACUUGUGGAGGAUGUCAAGGUAGGGGAGUGAGGAUUGUGACACAGGAGAUUAUGCCUGGAUUCCGGACACAAAUGCAGACAGUCUGCAACAUCUGCUCCGGCACAGGUAUCCAAAUCACCCACAAGUGUUCCAAGUGCAAUGGUCAGAAGCUCAUUCUUGAAAAGGCAGAGCUAGAAGUGGAGAUUGAUCCGGGAACAGAAGAGGGAGAGGUGUACGUCUUUGAAGGAGAGGCGGACGAGGAGGUGGAUAGUGGAAUCGAGGCGGGGGAUAUUAUUGUUCGAGUCAACUCGGACCGCUCUCACCCCUCCCUCUUCAGGCGUCGUUCUUCCCACCUCUACCUCACCCGGACCCUCACCCUCCCCGACGCCCUGCUAGGCUUCACAGAUUCCUUCCAGCACAUGGAUGGACGGAACAUCACCUUGAGUCGCACAGGAGUCACUCAAACUGGAUGGGUAGGGACAAUAGAGGGAGAGGGGAUGCCGAUACGCAGUUCAAAGGGGAAAAGGGGGAACUUGUACGUCGAGUAUGAAUUGGUGCUGCCGGAGAGGGUUGAGGGGGAUAUGCUCAAGGUCCUCGAAAAGGCCUUUGGAAGAAAAGCACUCAAGGCAACCACUGGUGGAGCGCAUACUCAUGAGGAGCUCUGAGCUUUGAGCUUUGAGCUUCGAGACGCGCUGGAGCACACUGGAGCGGAGCUAGAGUUGUACUAGAGUGAAAGCUAGUAGAGAGAAGAUGAAAAUAGACGAUUCUUUAUUAUUACAUUCGCUGAGCAGAGCAGAAGAGGAGCACAGUGGAGUCUAGAUGAGAGCAGAAGAGUGGGUGAUGCUGCUGCUGUGAGCUUCUUCCUCGCUUCAGAUCACCCAAGUAAGCAACAAGACGCACACUCUCUUCAAACGCUCCAAUCAAGGUACUUUGGCCAAAUAAAAAAGGGUGGGU